AUGGGUUGGUACAGUUUGGCGGUGCAGAUCAGGCUGGUGCUUAGCGAGUUGAGGAGUCGCCUGAAAGCGGCCUCGUCGACUAAGGAGGGGAGAGCGAUGGCGGGGCGAUCGGCGAAGGCGGCCGGGGGAGGGGGGGAGGGCGUGGGCGAGGCCAAGCGCGAAGUCAAGCGCUCAGGCAGAACCAGAAGGGAGGGCAAGGACGACGUCGCAGGCCCGCAGAGGGAGGAUCCCAGGACCAAAGCGACGGCUGACGGCGAAUCCACAAUCAAGCCAACUCUGGCCAAGGAAGUGGCUCCUGAGGCCGCUGAAGGACAGGGAAAGGGCACGUCCGAAGGCAGCGACGAGGCCAGACUCAAGGGCAUGGGGAAGGGCCGGGCCAAAGGCGAAGGCAAGCUCAAGAGCGAAGGCAAGCUGGAGGCCGUAGGCGAGGGCGAAGGCUUGGGCGUGGGCGAGGGCGAGGGCGAGGAGCGAGGGGGCGUGUCCGCGGCGCGGGAGCGCUUCUGGCGCACCAGCGCGCUGGGCCGCCCCAAGCGCAGCGCCUUCUUCAACUUCAUGGAGGGCAUCCGCACGCGGCUGCCGGGCCAGUCGCCGCGGGAGAUCGCGCGCCGCGCGCCCGCCCUGUGGCGCGAGCUCAGCGCCGAGGAAAAGCAGCCCUACCUCGACAUGGCGGAGCAGGCGCGCCGCCUGCCGCCGCUCCCAGACGGGAAGUCGUCGACGAGCUACGUGACGGUGCACUUGGACAAGGAGGCGUGGGGCGAGCGCCUGCGCCGCAGCGCCGCCCGCGGGGGCGAGGGCGUGGGCGGGCGGACGGGCGCCUCCGCGGAGCGCCUGCACGGCCCCGCACGCGCCCGCCCGCGGCCGCCGCCGCCGCCGCCGCCCCCCACCGCCGCCCGCCCGUUCGCCAGUUCCAACCGCCGGCGCCCGCUGAGCGGUCGCAGCCCCUCGCCCAGCGCGCCACGCACCUCGCCUCGUCAAGAAGGCGCCUAG